UUCAAGAGUCAGUGCUGAUGCUGUGCUGCUGGUUUUGAACGCUGUUCCGCAAAGCAGAAGUGUUGCGGAUGUGGGCAGCAGCAGUGCGCAGCGGCCUGUGUGCUGCAGCAGUGUGGCUCGAUAUCAGCCAUGAACCCGGAGGAACGAACUGUCACCUGGCUCAUCUCACUAGGAGUCCUUAAUUCGCCCAAAAAGAACAUCGCGGAUCCAGAGGGAUUUCUCAAAGCGUCACUUCGAGAUGGAUCCGUCUUGUGUAAGCUUAUGGAGCGACUCGUCCCGGGAUCUAUUACAAAGUAUUGUCCGGAUCCUAAAUGUGAAGCCGACUGCCUUGGCAACAUUCGGGAGUUUUUGAAAGGAUGUGUUUCCUUAAAGGUUGAGGGGUUUGAACCUGAAAGCUUAUAUACUGGUGAGAAUUUUAGCAAGAUUCUGUCUACGCUGUCAGCGGUAAACGUCGCCACUCAAGAUCGUGAUACUGAGAGGCAAUGUCCACAGUCCAGCUCCUCCACUCCUAAUUUGUCGAUCUCGUCAUCAUCCAUCUCAAAAUCCAGAUCCUUGCGGAGACAAUCGAAAGCAGUGGAGAUGUCAGAAAAUGGAGCCGGCGGCCAACUGGUGGUGAAGGCACGCUUUAACUUCAAGCAGAACAACGAAGACGAGCUGUCAUUCAACAAGGGCGAUCUGAUCCAUGUAACCCGGCAGGAAGAGGGAGGGUGGUGGGAGGGGAUGCUCAAUGGGAAGACUGGAUGGUUCCCCAGCAACUAUGUCCGAGAGGUCAAACCAUGUGAAAAACCAACCUCCCCCAAAGCAGUAAAAGGAUUCGAUGUUCCACAGCUGACCAAAAACUACUACAAUGUGGUGGUACAAGACAUCCUGGAGCAUGAGCGCGAGUUUGUGAAAGAGCUCCAGGCCGUUCUCACCGCCUAUCUGCGACCUCUACAGGGCAGCGACAAGGUUUCCAGUGCUGAUAGCAGCAGUUUAUGUGGGAACUUGGAGGAAAUUCUCACUUUCCAGCAGGGACUCUGUGCGGCUUUAGAGGAAUGCAGCAAGAUGCCUGAAGGCCAGCAGCGCCUCGGUGGCUGUUACAUGAACAUGAUGUGCCAGAUCCGAAUGCUGUACCUGUCUUAUUGCUCCAGCCAUCCAUCCGCAGUGGCUGUACUCACUGACCACAGUGAAGAGCUGGAUAAGUUCAUGGAGAGUCAGGGAGCCAGUGCUCCAGGCAUCCUGACUCUAACCACUAGCUUGAGCAAACCCUUCAUGAGGCUGGAAAAGUAUCCCACCCUACUGCAGGAGCUGGAAAGACAUAUAGAGGAAGCCCAUCCAGAUUACAGUGACAUCCUGAAAGCAAAUAUUGCUUUUAAAAAUCUUGUGAUGCAGUGCCAAGAACUGCGCAAACGAAAGGACCUGGAGGUGCAGAUACUGUCCGAGCCUGUGCGUGGCUGGGAAGGUGACAGCAUCAAGUCUCUAGGCCAAGUGGCCUACAUGUCUCAGGUGCAUGUGCAGAGCGGCUCUAGUGAGGACAAAGAGGAACGCUACUUCAUGCUGUUUUCUAAUGUGCUAAUCAUGUUGUCUGCCAGCCCACGUAUGAGUGGCUUUAUCUAUCAGGGACGACUGCAGCUUUCAGGAGCUACGGUGACCAAACAUGUGGAGGAUGCGGAGACUGGUCAUUAUGGAUUUGAGAUUGGAGGAGGUUCCAUCGAGCGCAUGACCGUUUUCUGCAGUAGCUCCCAGGAGCUGCAGGAAUGGCUGGAGCACCUGCAUGCUUUUACCAAAGGUGGAAGCCCAGUAGGAACCAUACUGAAGAAUGUAGAAGGCAAGACCAUGAGCGUGGUGGGCACACCGUCUCACCUGAGCCACACGCAAAGCUUCAACACAUCCACGAGCACCCGCUGCGCUCUGGAGCCACCUAAAAUAACAAAGCCGUGGUCUCUGAGCUGUCUGAGACCUGCUCCCCCACUUAAACCAUCCGCUGCCCUGGGCUACAAAGAGAGGAUGUCUUAUAUCAUGAAGGAUUCCAGCAAAAGCCCUAAACCCAUCAAGAAGUUCCUGAACAAGAGAAAGACAGAAAGAAAACCAUCAGAUGAUGAUUAUUUGCUCAGAAAAAGUACUGCAGCUUUGGAAGAAGAUGCCCAAAUUUUGAAGGUGAUUGAAGCCUAUUGUACUGGAGCCAGCCUGCACCAGGCCGCAACAGCUGUACGCAAAGAUGGUGUCCCUCAAGUCCUGCUACCAGAGGAGGAGAAGAUAAUUGUUGAAGAGAUGAAAAGCAACGGACAAACAGUCACUGAGGAGAAAAGCCUUGUCGAUGCUGUUUACGCGUUAAAAGACGAGGUCCAUGAGUUAAAGAAGGAGAACAGGUGGAUGAAACAGUGUCUGGAAGAAGAGCAGAAAUCCCGCAAAGAGCUUGAGCGCCUGGUCAGGAAGCUGGCUAAACAGAAGAAUGACUAUGUGUGGGAAGAUGGAAGCCACUGAGUAACAUUCGAGAUGUUCUCCCCUUUCUGCAUGUCUGAGUGAGUGAGUGCGUGAGUGUGUAUGAGUGUGUGAGAGAGAGAGAGAGUGGGUGGAUGAGUUGCUAGUUUUGGGUUCACACCAAAUGUUGCAUUUAGAGCCUUCCUGCCUUGUAAACUUUUUUUCUUUUCUUUCUUUCUUUUUUUUUUUUUUUUUGGUUUUUAAGAAUAACUUUGUGGAUUUCUUGCUAUGAGAUCAUGUGUGUUUUACCGAUGUCUUCAGUGGGUUUCAGAAGAGGUUCCUGCAGCAUGAGUUCAGUUUCUACAAACAGGGCAACAAAAAUGUGUUAAACACUCAUGCAGCAGAACUACAUCAUAGUUGUGAAAGUCUGUACCUGUUAUUUUUGGCCAUGUGACUUAUUAUAACAGACUUUCUGUACCUGUCCAUAAAACCAUCGAACGGUGGUAGAACUACGUACAGUAUAUAACUGCUAUGAAUAUUAUCAUUCAGUGUAGCUAUACAGCAGAUGCUCGGAUGAAGCCAUUGUUUCCGUGCAUUUGGAAAAAGGAAAAGAUUCAGUGUUCAGACUCAGUGGGGAAAUGUGUGGAAAAUAAGAUUCAGUCUUCAACCAGAAACAAUACGUGCGUGUUUGUGCUCACCAAGCAUGAAAGCUCAAAGUCCCUGUGUCUUUAUAUAUGAAACUACCUUUCUGGUACACCGGCAAAUCAGUAUUUCUGAUUCUGUAGGUUUAUCUGGUUUGAUAGAGGAAGAAUUUUGUGCUUGUUAACAUGGACUAUAGAAUAUGUUGCACAUCAAUGACAUGAGAUGCCACGAUGGUCAUCUUGAAAAGAUUUGACUGUUUGCUUUAGGUUUUUUUUUUUUUUUUUUUUAAGCUUUUAGAAAAGUUUGCAAGGUAGCUGGUGUGUGAUCACUGGCCAUCAAAAAUAUUUCCAUGAACCGUGUCUGUUACAAUCUCUGAUAUACUGUACAGUAUUUCUAUAUCCAUUCUUGACGCCAGAUAAUCUGUGUUUAUAUUUCCGUCGUUGUUAUGCUUGUUCAGAGCUGUUCGUAGCGAACCAUGCAGCUAUUCCUAGUAAUAAAAUACAAUUUCAAUACUAUUAAGAUAUAAUUUAUAAUGUAUGUAUAUCAUAUAUACUUUAAAACAGUAUAUAAUAGCUAGUAUAGCCAAAAAAUAAUAAUAAUCCUGUAAGCUUUUAUAUUCAAUAAUACAAUAAUUGAUUACCUCCAUAUUCUGUGGAUGAACAAAAAAAUCUAUUUAUUUUUGAAUGCAGUCGUCCUGGAUUGAAAACAUGGUACUAGGGCCUUUUUAAGCACUCCUACAGUAUAACCGUACACCUCAUUUAACAACCUGGUCUGAGUCUGUUGGAAGACUUAUUAUUAGUGACGAUCAUUGUUUUUAAUAGGAAAUGAGUUUUUAUAAAAACACUGUUACUGUAGCUGUUACUCACCCCUUUUUUGUGUUUAAAUACAGUCAGUUUUUUGUAGAUUCUUGCCACUUUUGCCGCAGUUAUGACAUGCUGAAUUUGCCGAGAAAUUCACAGUGUAUUUAUAGCUGUUACAGCAUUAACGCUUUUAGUAAGCCAUCUAUAUUAAAGGCUGUUGCACCACAGGAUGUUGGGGCACUGUGAAUGUGAAUGAAUCACCAAAUUUAGAUGUAAAGGCGUAAGUCAAAGGACGUUAAUAGCUGUACGAUCUAUGUUUUGUAACAUGUCCGAAUACUUAACUGGUACCCUGUUGGAUACACGUUGUAUGCUCUGCUGCGUUGUCUGAUCUUUCCUGUAAAGUAAUCAGGCACAUGAAUAAUGAAAUGAAAUACUUAUAAUACAAAACGAUGGCAAACGAAUUAAAGGGGAAAUAAAACAGCCGUGUAUUAAUAAGGUGUUGGUUCUUAACAAGCCACAAGAUGGAAAAGACGUUCCCUCCGUUCUCACUCCUAAAUCAUAUACAGGUCUUCGGUUAGAGCUGCAAGGCCACAGCGUAUGAUUUACAUCGGGUUUCAAACUUUUUAGUGAGCUUUUCUGUGCCUUUUCCCGAAGGCAUUGACGUCAUAGCAAAGAGCUGCCUUUUUUCCUUUAAUUUGUCAUUCCUCUAUGCCAUUACCUUGAAACUGUUGUUUGAUGCAAAACUAGACACUGUGGGCAAUAUUAUUAUAAAUAGGUAUAUAUUUAACUUUAAGAAGCAGUGGAAUAGUACAUUUGAAGCCAUACAACAAGGAAUGACGUGUUAGCGCUGUCCUGCAAAAAAAAUAAUAAUAAAAAAUAAUAAUAAUAACCAACUAGUAUUCAAUGCAAUAAGACUGAAGACUGGUUUACCGUUAACUGUUAUGCAUUGACCGAGAGGAGCCUCAAUUUGCACUGAGGUGUGUUAUCCAGCUAGUCGACAGGAUUUACUCCUUUAACAUACACCAUGCUGUUUCUACAGUGCUGUGAUCACAUUUAUUUUAUUUUAUUUUUUUUAAUUACUGGUACUACUCAGUAAUUUGUUUAAGCUGUGCUUAUGUGUGUUUUGCAUAGCAGUAAGUAUUAUUUAAAAAUUUCUGUAGUUGCUAGCAAUCUAAUUCCCAUUGA